AUGGGAUCUGGCAAUGGGUUUUACAAAGGGGAAGAGUUCACUUUGGACCCCAAAUGGUUGGUGGAUCCAAAGCUUCUCUUGGUCGGACCAAAGAUUGGAGAAGGAGCUCAUGCCAAAGUUUACGAAGGAAAAUACAAAAACCAGAACGUUGCCAUCAAAAUCGUUCAGAAGGGAGAGACACCUGAAGAGAUUGCUAAGAGGGAGGGUAGAUUUGGAAGGGAAGUCGAAAUGCUUUCCAGAGUCCAACACAAAAAUUUGGUUAAGUUUAUUGGAGCUUGUAAAGAGCCUGUAAUGGUUAUAGUAACUGAGCUUCUACUUGGGGGAACAUUGCGAAAAUAUUUGAUAAACAUGCGACCAAGGUGCCUCGAUAUGCGUGUUGCUAUCGGGUUUGCACUUGAUAUAGCUCGGGCAAUGGAUUGCUUACACUCGCAUGGAAUUAUCCACCGUGACCUUAAACCUGAAAAUUUGCUGUUGACAGAAGAUCAUAAAACUGUAAAACUUGCGGAUUUUGGUUUGGCAAGAGAAGAGUCAUUGACUGAAAUGAUGACUGCUGAGACUGGAACUUAUCGCUGGAUGGCUCCAGAGCUCUACAGUACAGUGACACUAAGGCAUGGAGAGAAGAAGCAUUACAACCAUAAGGUGGAUGCCUACAGUUUUGCAAUUGUGCUGUGGGAGCUCAUUCAUAACAAGUUGCCAUUCGAAGGCAUGUCUAAUUUACAGGCUGCUUAUGCUGCUGCUUUCAAGAAUGCAAGGCCGAGCGCCGAGAACCUUCCGGAAGAACUCGCAUCAAUCGUCACACUAUGUUGGAAGGAAGACCCGAACGAUCGCCCGAACUUCACCCAAAUCACACAAAUGCUCCUCCGAUAUUUGUCCACAAUCUCGCCUGUCGUGCCACAUAGGAUUUUCACGUCUGAUAGAAAUGCUGUUUUCCCACCCGAGUCUCCUGGGACGAGCUCGUUAAUGGCCAAGAGAGAUGAUAACAAUGGUGACACGCCUAAAACACCAAUGGAGGAUGAAGCUAGGCAAUCUUUCUUGUGCUGUAGUUAG